AUGAAAACUACUAUCUGUGAUUGUCUUCUCCGAGGACUCGACAAUUCCUGGAAACCAAUCCGGGAUCACUUAGUCUAUGUGCCAAAUGAAGUAUCCCUAGACGACACCAUAGGAGCCCUUGAAUCUCAUGAAUUAUUGACUCAGGUCUCCUCUGAAGUGUUCGACGCAUUGGUCUCGGCAGCUAAAAUAAAGCCUAAGCUAGGCUGUUGGAAUUGCGGCCAGAAGGGACACCAUUCCUCAAACUGUCCCAACCCCUCCAUCAAGAGCAAACAGGCGCCACAGACCGCCAAGAUGGCCCAUGCUGGAUCAGUAUCCUUCUCAACUCUUGGAAAUGACUCUGAAGUAGACGACGAGAACGACAGUUUUGACAAUGACUGUGACAUCAAGUGGGGCUAA